AGGGUGACUCCAUAAAUGAAAGCGCAGAUUUCGUCCGGGGUCAGCUCUUCCGUUUUCUCACCCACGUUUGAUCUGAACGUUUACUCGAAAUUUGUCACUGUGUCAGGCAGUAUUGACUUGUGCCGCAGAAGAUAUUUGGUUUCAACCUUUGUCAAUAUAUCUAAACGAAAAUAUCUUCAAGGAUUCAGCAUGGCACCAUCUCUGACAAAGGACGUUGAGCCGUCAAAGUUUGUGAGCUCUGGGAAACCAAACCUGGACAUUAGCUUUCAAGAUUUUCUCGAACUCUCCAAGGUCGUUUUCGACUGGGCAGACAGCUAUGACUCCAAGGACUGGGAUCGACUCAGGGGAAUCAUUGCUCCAACUCUGACAGUCGACUACACCCAAAUUGGGCUUGCCCGAUGGGACUCAAUAACUGCCAAUGAGUACAUGAAAAUGAUCACCGAUCCAAGCUUCCUAGGCGAUCCCACAGUCAAAACCCAGCAUCUACUUGGCCAAACCUGGUGGGAAAAGAUAUCUGAUACCGAAGUCGUCGGACACCACCAACUACGAGCUGCCCACCAGGUUUACACCGACAUUGAUUUAAAAACGGUCAAGGUCAAGGGUCAUGGUCACGCUACAAACGAGCACUACUAUCGCAAGGUGGAUGGAGUAUGGAAGUUUGCCGGUUUGAAGCCUACAGUUCGUUGGAAUGAGUAUCAGUUCGAGGAUGUCUUCAAGGCUUGUCGCCACUAAGGAGCAAUCUUAUAUACCUGUCUCCUAGGUCCAG